AUAUAAAGACUCGCAAGGUAUCAAACUGUUUAGUCUGUCUACGCGACUCCUAAAGACCGGUCGCGACCCUGUGUUCUCGCUCACCUUUAUCACGCUACGACCAUGAGAACCAUCGGUCUCGUAGUUGCGCUGUCUGUGGCGUCACUUUGCGGAGCAGCGACCCAGCCCCAACUACGCUUUGCGUGGAAACAAGUUGACUACACUUGGGAAAGUCCAGCCGACCGUGAGAACGCAAUCAAAGACGGCAAAUUCGUACAAGCCCACAAUCUACCCCUUGGACUAGCGCGCUGGAAGAACAAACUCUUCGUGACAGUACCGAGAUGGAAAAACGGCGUUGCUUCUUCAUUGAACUACGUAAACAUUGAUGGACCUCAAGAUCAGCCCUUAACACCAUAUCCGUCAUGGAAAGACAAUUUAGUGGCUGAUUCAGCGAAAUCGCUGCCUUCAAAUAACUCAAUAAUUUCCGUCUUCAGGGUGUAUGUAGACGCUUGUGACAGACUUUGGGUUAUGGACAGUGGCCUAGCCGAUAUUCUUGGGUCACCAAAUCAAGUUACCGGUCCAUCUCUUGCUAUCUUUGACUUGAAAACUGAUCAGCUCAUCCACAGAUAUUGGUUCAAAGUUGAUGAUAUGAAAGAAGACUCCUUCUUUGCUAAUGUUGUGGUAGACGUAGACAAGGACACCUGCGACAACGCGUUCGCCUAUAUCCCUGAUUUGGGGGGCUACGGAGUUGUAGUAUACACUCUGAAAGAAAAUGACUCUUGGAGAGUGUCACAUCACUAUUUCCACUUCGACCCGUUGGCUGGACAAUACAACGUUGGAGGCAUUGAGUUCCAGUGGACUGAUGGGGUGUUCGGAUUGGCGCUGUCGGAGCCGAGGGAAAAUGGCUACCGUACCAUGUUCUUUCACGCAUUCUCAAGUACAAAGCAAUUCUGCGUAUCAACGGAACUCCUGCGCAACUACACUAAGAUUAACAAGGAGGAGGCGUUCCACGAUUUCAAGCUGUUGGGCGACAAAGGUGAACGGUCCCAGGCCUCGGCUAGCUUCUACGAUCCUAAGACCAAUGUGCUGUUCUAUACACAGGUGAACCAUGACGGAAUAGCAUGUUGGAACUCCAAGAAGCCCUUUACAGUUGAGAACAACGUGUUGCUCUUCAGCGAUCCGUCGCUUUACGAGUUCCCCAAUGACUUGAAGGUCGACGACGAAGGUACUCUCUGGCUUCUAGUGGAUAAACUCCCAAGGUUUAUCUACAAAGAACUGGACGCCAAUGAGGUCAACUACAAGAUUUACAGUGUUAGCACCACUGCCCUUAUUGCACGCACUGCUUGCGAAGCUUAAAUUUUUAUAUACCUGUUGUGAAUAUCAAUUAUGCCUUUGUUUACUUAAAGGAAAAUACGCGCAUUUAGCUCUAUUUGUGGUUACGUAUAUCUUAGAGUCCAUGAUCAGAGUACUAUCAUAAUUGAACAGAGGUCACCAUUUUAAACGUUAGAAGUUUUAUUUGUAUUAAGUUGUUUGAGAAUAUUUUAAUGCACAUGCAUUUAAGUAUAAUUUUAAAGUUAAGUUUUGUUAAGGAGAUUUUGAUGAUGAUAAUUUUAGGACGCAUCUUGAUAACUUCGUACUUGUCGUCUAGAGUAAAAUUUCCAAAAAGUAUGAGACUCUAUGUGUUAAUUUAUGUAAUCAUUGAUAUAAAGAAGAUCUUAUUCAUUAUUGUAUUGCAUUUUAUGUUAAAAAAUUGCAUCUGCUGAAAACAAAAAUAUCUAAGGUCAAUUUUAUAUGUAACAAUCUCAGUUUAACUGUUAAAUUAUGUGUCAUUUCUUUAUGAGUAAAGCACGUGUAUACAUAUAAUAUACAUAUAUCGCACUGUUAAUACAAUAGUGUAUUAACUCAAAAAGUGGACUUUCUCAGAAUCAAUGAAAACCGAAUUACUCACUUACCGCAAAAAAUAAUUACAAUUUAUGUAUGUUAUAGUUUAUUAUAGACACUUAGACACUUAAAAAAUAUAUUUAAAAAUAAAACUGAAAA